CUUAAUGCCUUUUUCAGUUUGAUUGUCUACAUGGAGAUCAGGGUGAUAAGUUUCAAUAAACAUAUAGACGCCCCCCACCCACCCCCAUUAGCUAGAAAAGACCAGGACUGGGUUGCUUUAAAUGAACCAAGCUUGACCAACAAACAAGACAACCAUUUGUUCACUCAGAUCUAGCCGAAGUAACUCACAAGUGCACCUUGAGAUCCUCCAUGUGUCUGUCAACAGUGAUAGCCAGGAUCUGCGCCCAGCUCAUGCUGCAUUCUAAGAACUCUCAUUUCAUUUGCAUAUAACAUUCAUUACAGGAAGUAAUUAACUGAAGGAACGGCAUCAUCAAAGGCUCAAGGAUAAUGGAAACCGUCAUCAUGAUUAUCUACUGGGACCUCAUCAGCCACGAUGAGAUGUUCUUCAACAGCUACAAGAUCCAGGAAAUCACAGACGGGCUGCGCCUGGAGGUGGAAGGGAAGAUAGUCAAUAGGACAGAAGGUAACAUUUUUGACUCGCUCAUUGGUGGAAAUGCCUCCACUGAAGGCCCUGAGGGGAAAGGUACCGAAAGCACAGUAAUCACUGGUGUUGAUACUGUCAUGAAUCAUCACCUGCAAGAAACAAGCUUCACAAAAGAAGCCUACAAUAAGUGCAUCAAAGAUUACAUGAAAUCAAUCAAAGGCAAACUGGAAGAACAGAGACCAAAAAGAGUAAAACCUUUUAUGACAGGAGCUGCAGAACAGAUCAAGCACAUCCUUGCUAAUUUCAAAAACUCAGAAAACAUGAAUCCAGAUGGCAUGGUUGCUCUGGACUACUGUGAGGAUGGUGUGAUCCGAUAUAUGAUUUUCUUUAAGGAUGGUUUAGAAAUGGAAAAAUGUUAACAAAUUUGGCAAUUAAUUUGGAUCUAUCACCUGUCAUCAUAACUGGCUUCUAUUUGUCAUCCACACAACACCAGGACUUAAGACAAAUGGGACUGAUAUCAUCUUGAGUUCUUCAUUAUUUUGACUGAUUUAUUUGGAGUUGAGGCAUUGUUUUUAAGAAAAACAUGUCAUGUAGGUUGUCUAAAAGUAAAAUGCAUUUAAACUCAAAAAAAAAAAAA